GUAUCUUUGCAGUGAUAUUGCUUUGGCGAUUAAAGUAGAAGCUGUCAUUCCUAAUAGUGCUAGAAUUAAGUGCAGGGAUUACUAUCUAAUAUGGCUGACAAUUCCUGGCAAGGAAAUGGCUCUUAUCAAGUACAGCACAACCACCAAGGCUAUGACAUGAAGAAAGAUCAGAGUGCCUGGAGGAAUGACAUCAUGCCUCAGCAAGGCUCUGAUGGACACUCACGCCGCAAUAUUCCCCACGAUGGCGAGGAGCAAGGGAAAAUGUUUGUGGGUGGCUUGUCAUGGGAGAGCACUCAGGACACACUGCAGCGCUAUUUUGGCCAGUACGGUGAAGUCAUCGACUGCGUGGUCAUGAAGAACAGUGAAACUGGACGAUCUCGAGGGUUUGGCUUUGUUACUUUUGCUGACCCAAGCAAAGUAGACCUUGUCCUCAAGAGCGGACCUCACGAGCUUGAUGGCAGGACUAUUGACCCGAAGGCAUGCAACCCCCGCAGCAUGCAGAAACAGAAGCGUAAUGGUGGCAACUGGCCCAAGGUAUUCCUGGGGGGACUUCCCUCCAACCUCACCGAGACAGAUCUCCGGAACUUUUUCUCGCGUUUUGGCGCCGUCAUGGAAGUCGUCAUCAUGUUUGACCAGGAGAAGAAGAAAUCCAGGGGUUUUGGGUUCUUGUCAUUUGAGAGUGACGAUGCUGUUGAACGGGCAGUAGCCGAGCACUUCGUCAACAUCAAUGGCAAGCAAGUGGAAAUAAAGAAAGCUGAGCCCCGUGACGCCAGCAAGUCCCAGGACGGUCAGGACCAAUGGGGCUCUCCCCCUGACAGCCAGUGGGGCAUGCCGGGCAUGGGGCCUCCAGGCAUGGCGGGCAUCAACAAUGGUAUGGGUCCAGGCAACAUGGGCCCACCUUUAGGCCAUCCUUUGGGCCCCCAUAACAGCCAGAUGGGCGGGCCCGCGGCCAUGAGCACGGGCGGCAUGGUCCAGUCUUACCAAGGCUGGGGCACCCCUCCUGCCCAGCAGGGCUACCCGCCCCAGGGCUACGCCGCUGCCCCACAGGCUGCCCAGUACGGCAGCUGGGGAGCUGGCCAGCAAAUCCAGCAAUGGGGCACCCCGAGCUACGGCUCUGCUGGAUCCCAGCAGUACGGCAGUUUUGGAAUGGUUGAGGGCAGCAGCUGGGGCUGGGCCUCACCCCCGUCUACUCCCCCUCACCUCGACAUGGCGGGGGCUCCAGGGGCGCCGUCACCUAGCCUCGCUGCAGCAGGUGGAGCCGGAGCUUCAGCUGCUAAGGGAACAGACGACUACUCUGCCACCACAUGGGGCCAAUACUACGGUGGCGGGAGCGGUGACUCCGGCGCGUUGGCCGCGGCAGCAGCCUUCAGCCAACACCGCGCGGCCGCGGCUGCCGCGGGGUACACCCCCAUGGCGCCCGGGCAGCAGCAGCAACCGCCCCCUCACCAGCAGGACUCCGUGUGGUAAGCUGUCGUCGCUACGUUCUCUACCACCGCCGGCCGUCACCACCGACCACCACCGUCAACAUCACUUCUCUCCAGAUUAUUCCAUGUGAACAUCUUCAGCCUUGCGACCUAGAGCAUCAUGCUUGAACCCUCUUGAGCAACUUAUCGCGACAAAAUAUCCCUUUUAAAACGGAAAAAUUAUCACUGUCUAGCAAAGAAAAAAGUUCCUGGGAAGUUUGUGUGGCAUUAGCUGAACUCGCGCAGAUCUUGUUCUUAAUAAUGAAGCAGUAAUUUCGCGCGUAUGCCUGAAUCUAAUAUUAAAAGGAAAAAUGCUAAGUGUUGUUUAUAUUUUGACGCGUUUAGAUAGUAGCAGCUUAAUUAUGUAAUCAUUUAGUACUGGCUGCCAGUAUUUAGUAAAUGCGAGUUCAUCGCAACGCCAUUACCUACUGGGGGAACUGAUGAACUCCUGUACAAUUGACGACCUGCUUACUAACGGUAAUUUAUUGUUCCCCCCAUCCCGCGUUAGUUGAGCCUUCACCAUAAACAGUGAAUGAGCUAAUUAUUGGCCUCUUCAGGAUGUGUAUAUUACCUCUCCUGAUGGUUUGGCUGCCCAGACACUCCAGCUGCGAUAGUCCAGUGGCUAGAGUCCAAUGAAGCUCGGCACGCGCGCAAUUGUUGGCGUUAUUGGCGUUCGAGGUUUCCUUGAAAACCUCAUUUUUUUCUCUCGAGUUCUAAACUUCUUGAGCAUGACUAAUAGGAGACUCAAUUUUUGCAUUAUUACCGCGAUAGUGAAUCAAGUCUCCUUGUAUUUUAUCUGACUAUACUGACCAUUCUCGCUAGAUUCUUUCCUGGUCUGAGACUUUCUUGAAUUACUUUCGAUCGAGUUGAUUCACUUAUUUUUUCGCAAUUAAAUAUUAGUGGAGCAUGCAAUUACAUUUUUUACGAACAUGAAACCAUUCGAGUCAUUUUAUUUUAUUCAUUUACGUUAAUUUUCACUGUCGUCGUAGGAAAUGAGCCAAAUAUGCCUGAAACUUCAGUGAAUAUUUUUAAUUAAAUGUAAUUCACGAUAUAUAGUUUGAAGUCUGGUGCAUAUGAUAAUGUUUAAUUUGACAUUGUUUGCAAUAAUUUUUACUGAAUUAAAUUUUAAUGUAACUUCUAGAUGCAAUAAAACAGGUGGACUGUGGUGGAAAAUAGUGUAUUAAUCUAACGUACUUUUGUUCUAAAUUGUUUAGCGAGUAGAUUGAAUUGGGCGUAGAUUUGACUUAUUUUUACUGAGUGAGAGAGCAGUUGGUGCUUCGUUGUUUUCUGCUCCUCAUAUUGAUUACCCCACCGAUACCUCUCACUUCUCCCCAAAAAUAAUUUUUACUUCCUCCCCACCGAUUCCUCUUACUCCCUCCCACCGAAUCCUUGCUACCUCCAACUGAUACCUCUUGCUACCACCUAGCUUUUAUACCUGUCGAUAUUUCCUUCCCUUCAUAGUUGUUUAUUUUCCAUCAAAUCAGGUGGACUCUCAAUAUUCACUGGCUAUGUUAACUUUAUUUCUCCUACUUAUGUUAUUCUUCUACCAAGGCAACGUUAAUAGAAGGCCUAAAAGAUUUUGAAGGGACAAAAUGUUAAGAAUGUUCAGAUCUUUACUGCGAAAUUUUUCGAAAUUGUGUUUCUAGAUUGGAAUUUUGGCAGUGCCAGUUCCAUAACAUAGGUUGGGAGCUUUGAUUGUAAGUUUUUGUCAGGAGAUUUUUAUUAUAUUGACUAAUUAUUAUGAUAAUUACCUUGGCAUUUUAGUCUAAUUUAGCUGCUCCAAGAUAUCCUCAGAUGUUAGUACUUAAGAGCUGCAUUCUGAAAUUUGAUGCAAAUUUAUUAAAACCAAUCGUAAAAUCCCCUAAUAUGGAAAAAAGUUUUGAUUGGAUAAGAUCUGCAUCGGCGUGACGGUGUCAGUGGAAUGACUGAUUGAGUGAAUGUGAUUAAGUGGUGAAAGUUUAUGAAAGAUUUUUGUUGCCUUAUUAAAAUUGCUUGAUGUUUUAGAAUUUAGAUGAUGAAAGACUAACAGCAGCAUUAUUCAGAAGCUCGAAUAGUCUUAUCCCUUCAGGAAAACGAUACAAUGAACUUCGUUCCGCAAGACCAAAGAGUAGCCUACUGCUGAUUUUCUCCUUCUACUUCUAGUAGUAACGAUAAUGAUACUAAUAAUAUAAAUGCUAGUUAUGGCAACCAGCUUCAUUGAUGAUAAAGUACAAUUUGAGAUUUAAGCCCAACUGUAUGAGAGUGUUAAUCUUAAGCAUUUCUCGCUGGAAUAGCAUUUAUUUUCUCUUCAAAAUUGUUAUUCUCUAUACAUGACUCCGAAGGGAGAUUUUUUACCGCUACAUUUAUAUUGAUAUCAUUGAUGGUGUCUAUUUAGUGUUUAAAUAAAUUGCUCUAAGAACAUAUUCUUACCGGUGAUAGUAAGAACAAAGCUACUCACUGAUCUAACGGAGCAGUAAUUAUAACGUCGAUUUAUUCAAUGUCCUAGCAUCGUAGACAUUACCGAAGUAAAGUUGUGAUUCUCAGUAGGGUUAAUCGCAUAGUAUCCUAAUUUUGUAUCUGAAAGUUUUAUCGUAAAAUAAUUGACGUAUCUGACUAAUGUGUAAGGGUGAAGAAGUUGCCAUCAGUUUAGAGUGUGACCUUGUAAUCAUUCAUCAGAUUCUCUUUUGUCCCCGGUCAAACACGGCUUAAAUAUUGCCGUCGUCGCUCUAUCUACUCAGAUUUUGAGUUCGAAAAAGAUCGAUUGCUAUGUGAAUGAAAGUGUGACUUAGUCUAAUGAUGCCUUUUGUAUAGAAUUUAGGUUUUAAGUUAUAGCCUAUAUUUUGUACAUAGAGGAGAAAAAUUUCGGAUGGAAGCAAGUGCUGUGUUGCGGAUUUUUGCGAGAGAUGUGUAUGGAUUGUGCGAUGCUGUUUCUUGACAGCGCUUUCUUUAAGAAGUGAUAGACGAGCAGUAGCGUCGGGCUCGGUGGUUGUGCUCGAGGGCCCCGGCGGUGGUGGCGAGAGGUGGGUGAACCGCAGAGAUAGAGUCUCUCAUUACCUUCGUACAAACUGUGUUCUCUACGGUGGUGAGAGUUGGGGCAUAUUAUCAUGACCUUUUGCCCCUUGCGACGGAUGGACUAGUAGGAGUCAACCUUGUACUAAUAUUAAACUGUCGCCAGAUAAUCCCUGAGCUAUGGUUGAACUUCUGCUAAUUUUUAACUGUAGGUGUAGUCAGUUUCCUUAUUAGUGACAAGUUUGCGCUGUUCAACCCUUGCUAAGUGUGAGUGCGGUCUCUAGGCUAGUUGGUAGAAUAAGUUUGUUUGGAGUGGGUAUGGUAUAGGGUUAUGUAGUAUGUAGUAUAAGAUUUUGCAUGCAACCGAUCACUGCUUCUUAAGAGCAUGGCCGGUCUUCGUAGUUAGUGUUCUAAUCAUUCGUUCUUUCUUACUCGUAAUGUCUAACAAGGAGGGGGAAAAGACGGGCAAAUGUUAAUAUUAUCGUGGAAAAUGAAGCAUUUCUCUUCGAUCAAAUUGUCAUCCAAGGACCCUAAGCUAGAACCACAUGGCAUUUUAAAUAGUGGUUUGGAGAACAGUGCUUCGCAUGUCCUAUUAAGAAGAGUCCAGUUAAUUCCCACCUUCUUGUACUCGUGUUACCUGAUCAUGUUGCGCGACCCUCUUGCCUAUUUAGAUGAGCUAUAUCGCUGCACUCCCUCGCCUUCCGGUAGUCGCUCUUUGACCACCCGCGUUACGUUGUGCUACGUCACUCCACUGCUAAGUUUAUCUCUGCGGAGGGGCGUCAGCAGCGUCAAAAGAUUUCAGGCUGUCGCCUGUGGUUGCCGGCUUUGUUUCACUUUGUCAAUGACGCUUAGAUUUUAGAACGUUUCCAGGCACUGUGCGUGCGUUUUCAUGUUCUGUUCGUUUUCCUCUGCUACUAAUAAGAAUAAUGCUGUAAUACCGCUUCGUGAAUCAUCUUUUGAGACUUGUAGUUUUGCAAAUUAUAUUUAACGACUAAAACCUGGCUCUCAUAUUAUUAAGUUGUGAGAAUUGGUAGUUGGUAACCCUCGGUCUCAUUUCCGUUGUGUGUGAUUGUUGAUACUCAUUCUUGAUGAGCGAUUUUCGCGCGUUAAUUCUAAUUCUUGUUCUACUGUUUGCAGAAUUAAUACUAUGAAGUUGUGAGGACGGAUAAUUGUCACUAAUUUGUGUCGAUGCAAUCCUCCGGAACUGUUAGUUUUAAUAAAAUUCCCGUAGCCGUAUUGCAGCAUAUCAGUGCAUGAAACUUGUCGUGGUGUUACUGAUGUAUCUAGCUAUAAGAAUUUGUGUUGUUUACAAGCGUUUUUUUCUUAUUUUAAGGGCAGGGUUUAAUUAUUAUUAUUCUAAGAAAGCAUUCUCGUGUGCACUUGCAGCCAACUUCGAUUACCUGUUGCCUGGUGCCAGCAUCCGCUUGUGGAUGGCCACUGUCUACCUCACAUGUAGUGAGAGUUUUUAAGGUUCUAAAGGUUCUGGUGAACACAAACUGCUAUCGGCACCUCGCCAAACACUCUGCAUAGGCGUACGCUUCAAUCUCUCGAGCAAUGCAAGGGACUCCUCGUGCUCUAGUGUCAACUCCUCAAGUGCUAGACUUAUGCCUCUACUUCUUAAUCGUAUAUAAAACAAAUUAAAAAUGAUAAUACAACUUGCUAAACGAUACAUGAUUUUUUCAUACUUUUAUAUUUUGGCGCGUUUUGUCUAUUUAUGUAGUAAUCUUAAGGCGAUAUUAGGUUAAUUUUUUAAAUGUAUCACAAGUUUUAUAGUGAUGUAUAUAACUUCUGGAUAACACUUACAUUAAUAGUACGAUCUAAGUGUACAUAAGAUUUGCAUUAUUGGUUGUAAAUAAUUACUGAUGACAUUUAGAAAUAGCCCGGUAGAAAUUUUGGGGAAAAAUCUAUUUAUUGCUUGUUCAGUUUUUUGGUUAAGGGAUUUUUCUGUUGUGAACCGAACUGUAUUAAGUUGAGAGUAUAGUCUGCAGCAGCUGGCGUUGUGAUGCUAGAUAAGGUAGCUCUUUAAAGCUCUGUAACAUCUUUAGGAUAAUAAGCUUAGGCUGCUCCUCUCCACGUUGUAGUCCACCGUUAGCCCUAAGUCAACGUUCUUUAUGGCCGAAACUCCUAGCGGAUUCGUUCUAGGGCUGAAAUCUUAAGCUUUAAUCGUAGCACCUUAUGCAGAGUGUUUGGCGAGUUAUACAAGUUCAUGAGAUCGCACAUGACCAAUGGUAGAAGGUCGUGAUGACCUAAUGAGGCUCGCAGCUACGCCUUAUUUGAAAGAUUUUAUGAACGUCGAUGUGCUGGUAUGAGUUGUUCCAGGACCUAAUUCUUAAAUAACCGAUUAAAGUGUGCCUCAAACACACGCUAAUUAUGCUCAAAUCAAUGAUGUAAGUGAAGGAAUUCUUUAGAUAAUUCUUACCGAAAUUAUUGAUGAACUAUUUAGACGUAUUUCUGAUAAGUACUUUUUAUCACUUAAAUUCAUCGGAGCCAUUAAAAUUUAAGUAGUUUAAUUCUUGACGCAUUUUUAUUUAACUCUUGUACAUAGUAGAGUUAAGGCUGCAGAAAUUAGACGAGUGCCACAUUAUAGGUAUAAAUGAUAGACUUAGUUACUUUGUACAAUCCAUAUUAGUUCUUCUAAGCAGCUGAUUACCGGCUUAUAAGAAAGAAAUGUUUGAAGCUA